AGCCGGCUUUGGCCCGAGCUAAUUUGCCGGCGAGAGGCAGAGCGCGCCGCGCCCGUCACCAUCCUGACACAUCCACGACGUUACCCCCGAUUGAUUGCUCGUUCGGAUACCCGCCCGCUGGGCCGCCUCCAGAAGAUGAUGCGCAGGUCUAGGCCUCCCAGAUUGGGUCCGAGUGGAUGGUGUAGGAAGGAUCGCGCCGCAUCGGCGAUGUUUUCUCCGCGCCGACGUCGCCGACGCAUCGCCGAUGUCGUCGGCGUUCGGCGAUGCAUCGGCGAUGCGGCGCGAUCGUCCGACCCCAUCUGCGCACUCGGACCCCGUCUGGGAGGCCCCUGGCAGGGACAGCCCCGUGUGCUCCACCGCCGACGAGUGGGAGCCCCCUCGGUCCAGCGGCGCGUCACCGGCCUCGUCAGCGGAAGCGGGCCCCCUGAAGCUCGCGGGGCGAGCCAGCGGCCGCCAGGUCAAGCGGCAGCGCCUCCAGAGCCUGCACGGCUACGUGGCGAGGACGGUCGUCGUGACGGUGGCGGCGUCGGCGGCAGUGCUCGACACCAUGCCAGAGGGCCCGCCGGACAGCGCCAGAGGCCCGUCGGCCGCACCGCUGCCGGGCGGCUCGUUCCUGCUGGACCUCGCCGCCAAGGUCCCCGCGCUGCUGCGCUCGGCGCUCCAGGGCGCCGGCGCCUGCGCCCGGGAGGCGUUCGGCGGCCUCUCCGCGGCCCUCGGCGAGCCGCCGCGGCGGCCGUUCGAGGACCCCAGCGCGCCCGGCGGCCUGCCCUGGGUGGCGGACGUGGCGAUGGUCUGCUGCAUCCUCGCGGUGGUCAUGUUUGUGCUGGCCUUCGCCACCAUGCCGCGCGGCUGCGAGGUUGGCGAGGACCCCGAUGCCGUGCACGAGGAGGACCCUGCAGAGCAGACGGGCUUCGCGAGGAUUCGCGCCAGGCUCUUCCGGGUUAUCGUGGUGGCCAUCAUGCCAGCCGCAGCGGGGGCCACGCUCAAUGCGAAGCGGGCGCUCAUCCCUGCCCUGCUGUGCAGCUUCUGAGGUCGACGUUUGCCGCAAGGCUCGCUUUGGUAUCUCCUGUGUUCUCUCCCUUGCUCCUGCCUUCCCUUCCUACUUGGUCGUUUUUGUUUGUCCGUGCUGUCUCUCUCUCUCUCUCUUUCUUU